CCGAUGGAAUUUCUGUGCUCGACCCGAUCGUCGAUACGAUGCCUUUCCAGUGCGGCGUUGGCGGGGGUCUCGGCCCUGGCGAUCCCCUUCGUGAAGGACAUGGUCGGGAUCUGCCUGGUGGCGUGCGUGUACGCGUACGGGCUCGGGUGCUGGACCGUCCACAUCCCCGUCCUGUUGGUGCACUACCUCGGCGUCCGCAACAUCGCCACCACGCUCGGCGCCAUCAAGCUGUUCCAGGGCAUCGCCCUCCUCACCUUUCCUCCCGUGCUCGGGUACGUGAAGGACCGGACGGGGUCGUUCUCCGGCUGCUACUACCUGAUGGGGUCCUGCAUGCUCCUCGGCUCCUUCCUGCUCCUCCUCGAGCCCAAGGUCGCUCGGAUGAGGAGACAGAACCCCCGCCUUCAGCGCUCCUCUCCCGCCUGAUCCUGACGGGUUUUCAUUCCGUUUGCGCGGGUUUCGCCAGCAAGUUCAUUCGUGAAGCACUUGACUUUAAAAGCUCGAUGGCGAACAAUCGUCUGAUUAGAGCUGAUAUUGCCAUGAAAAUAUUUUUACAUUUUAAAGGUUGACUAGCAUAUUGGGUGAGAAUUUUAACGAUUUUACGUAAAAUUAACAACGGGCAGAAAAUAAAUAAAUAAAUAAAUAAUAAAUAUGCUAAAAUCCAGGGAAAACAGCCGGACUUCCAUUUCUUGUGAUCUUCAUCAGUGACUUCAUCGCAAGUAGUGAUAACUAACGCUGCAGAGUACGAGAUGUGAUGCAAAUUUUCCCUCCCCGGGGGAUUUCGCGUUGAUUUUUUUUUUGUUUUACCCGAGUUGUGGAUACAGUAUUCGUUGAUGUCGGAUCAUGCCGUCCUGCGAUGCGAUGCCUCGUCCCGCGCGAUCGCGGUCGGCCGAGAUCGGGCGGUGGCGGAUCUCCAACCUUGUGAUUCCUCCGGACUUCCAUGAAAUGUCACUCGUGUGCGUCACUUAAAAGCAUUGCUAUAUUUGAAAAUUCUCACAUUUGUCCGAACGGCUACAAAUAGCAAGAGUGUGGUCUUUGACCGGCUAAAUUUUGUGAUUAGCUAAUUUUGGUGAUUUUUGAUUGACAUUAUAUCAAAAUAGAGCAAUGAGCACAAAAGUAAUGAAUUCUUUUUUUCCCCCACACUUUUCCUAGCAACUUUUCAUAGAAUUGAUAUGUACUGUAGAUAUGAUGCAUGUCGUGCUAUACAAUACUGUCGUACAAUCCAGCC